AUGAGACGGCAGAAUAGCAGCUGCGACCAAUGUCGCAAGGGCAAGAGGGCCUGCGACGCGGGCGCCCUCAAGGAUAUCCAGCUGUGUCUGGAUGCAGACCUUCAAUGGGAGGUUGACUGGCAGAGCAUGAACGGGCCGUGCUCAAACUGUUCAAAGACGCGCAAGUCGUGCACAUUCAACUGGGCCCGGUCACAGCAGGCCCAGCUCCGGGUCCGAAGGCAGUCCGCCGAGAAGACCGCUGCUGCUGCCGCUGCCGGCUCCGCCUCCGCUUCCGCCGCGCCGAGUCGGAAGAGGGUCAAGUCAACUCACUGCAAGAAGGUCAACAACGACAGCAGCAACAGCAACAAAGCCUCUGUAUCGCCAGCAUCCCAAGGUCCAUCAGUUCUGAGUGAGGCCCAACUCGCCGAGCUUCAGUCACUCAUCCCGGAUCAUGUCGCAUCAUUCACCCACGAGACGCCAAGCUCACAUGCCUUUGGCGGAGCAGCAGCAGCAGCAGUAGCAAACGACUUUGGAUUUCCCCAAAACCUAUUCACGCUAUCCCCCGCCGACGAGCACCUCACCUUCGACCCAUCCGCCGACGACGCCGCCUCGCUCCUCUUCCCGGGCCCCUCAUCCCUCUCAGCGCCCAGCUGUCUCUCAGAUGAGCUACCAGGCUUCGACGACGCCGAUCUCGUCUCCAUGCACGGUGCCUCGACCAUCAGCCUCAGCCCGGACUCGACUUGUUCAACCAUGGGCAUCGACCCGAAUGCCCGCAAGAGGGCGUGGCAGCAGACGCACGCCAUGAACUAUGCGCCACCUGGCGGUGCUGGGAUCUCAGAGUACUCGGCCACGCAGGCGCUGAUUGCGCGGACAAAUCAGACGCUCAUGACGGAUAACCUCAUGAAGCUGUACCACGACGUCAUGGAGGGCGCGCUCUCGUGCUGGCUGGUGGAGCAGAACUGUCCCUACAUCCUAACCCCCACACAGCUGGAGCGCUCGAGUCUCGGCGACGCGCGAAGUCACGACCCGACGCAGAUUCAUCUCAAUCUGCCCAACAGGAUUUACCGCCGCGUCUUCAAGCUCGAUAAAUCCCUCGCCUCGCUGGGUCUGAAAUCGCUCAGCGUAUCCGAAGACCGAAAGGCCACGAGAGCGCUACAUCUCGCCAUCAUGGCAUUCACGGCGCAGUGGGCACAGGGAAGUCAACGGAGUCAAGCGCGGUACCAGAAGCCAAACGGCUUCGGGGACUCGUCCGUGCCGGGGACCGAACAGGAAUUCGACACGGCGCUGCAGAUAUCAUUUUGGAACCAGGCGCAGCGGUGUCUGGACGACUGCGCGGGCGUGGACUCGUUCAAGGUGGCCAUGGCGGAGCUCCUUUUUGGCCUCACGCAGAAGAACCAAGAGAGCGCGGAGGGGAUCGGGUGGGAGUUUAGCGAAGGGAUGGUUGGUCAGAGUCAGCUGGGGUACGAUUACACCAACGGAGACGGGAACGACUGGGAGACGCCGGGGACAAAGGAAAAGGUGCAGACGGCGCUGGACGAGGAAGGGUACUCGCUCUACGUCGAGCGCGGCGCCCGGCGCCUGCACGUUCUCAAGCGCAGGUCUGAAAACUUUGAGAGGAGGAAGAGAGUAAAAGCACGCGGGACCGCCAACGCGAGGACCGAAUCAGGAUGGGCUGUCGGUGGCGGAGAAGAUGCCCACGGCGAAGAAAAAGCGACGAUGAAGAUGCUCUUUUGGCUCGCCAUCAUGUUCGACACCCUAUCCUCCGCCAUCUCCGACAGACCGCCCGUCGUCUCGGACGAAGACAGCCGCGAGACAGCAACAGCAAAGAAGCAAAACUCACCGCCUUGCAAAGGCGAAGACGACGACACCAUCCCGGUAGCGAUCCCAUCCGCAGAAAGCUGGAACGACCAAUUCAUCAUCAAACGCAACCAGAAACUCGCCCCCCUCCGCUGGCCCUGCCCCACCGACACAUUCGAGCGCGAACUCCGCGACGCAGCCCCCGUCAAAGUCCUCCUCUUCCGCAAAAUCACACGCAUCCAAGCCCUCUCGUCCCGCGGCUCCGCGUCCCCAAAGUCCAUCGAGGACGCAAUCCAAGACGGGCUGGCGGUGUACCGCCACUGGAACAUGAUGUACGGCCCCCUGUUCCGAGACUGCAUCGAGCACCACGAUGCGAUCCCCUCCAAGAUCCAAAGCUGGUACAUUUGUCUGCUGGGCCACUGGCUCCUCGCGGCGAUGAUGAUGGCGGAUUGUAUCGCGCUCGUGGACGAGCAGGGCCUGGGCAGCGCAACAAGGGCCGCGGAGAGGGUGGCGAGCGGGUUGGUCGGGGAUUUGAGGAGGGCGAGCGUGCGGGAGGUGUCGGAUCUCGCGAGGGCGGCUACGCCGCAGCAUGACGUGGGCGGGUUGGGUGUGUUGUUGGAUUUUCACCCGGCUGUGAAGGAGGGGGCUUUGCUUACGGAGCCGUGGACUAUGGUGUUGAUUCGGUCGUUUGCGAUGGCGGGGACGUUGUUGCUUGAGGAGGCUGGUGGUGGGUUGGGUGUUGGGGAUGAGGUUGUGGUGGAGGCGUUGGAUCGGUGUGAGGAUUGUGUCAAGGCGUUGUGGUAUUUGGGGCGCAAGUCGACUUUGUCGAGGCAGGUUGCUGGGAUUCUGGGCGGUGGGUUGCUUGCGGAGCGGGCGAAGGGGUUGAGUGUUGAGAGCAUGGUUGGGAGUCAGGAUUCUUGGAAUGUUUUUGGGCCUGUUGAGAUUCUGUGA